AUUAAAAAGACACCGAGAGCUCAAAAGGUGUACUGGAAUUCAUUCCCCGCCAAGACUCAACGAACUUCAAUCGCCACCUCCCUCUCUCAUUCUCUCAGAUCAGAUGUCACAAUGACUAAACAGCAAGCAAAUUGGUCUCCUUACGACAACAAUGGAGGGACAUGUGUUGCGAUUGCGGGAACUGAUUACUGCGUGAUUGCGGCGGACACUCGAAUGUCAUCUGGCUACAACAUUCUCACUCGCGAUUACUCCAAAAUUAUUCAGCUAGUGGACACAUCCGUGCUGGCCUCUUCAGGUUUUCAGGCUGAUGUGAGAGCUCUGCAAAAGGUCUUGGCUGCUAAGCACUUGCAAUAUCAGUAUCAGCAUAACAAGCAAAUGAGCUGUCCUGCAAUGGCUCAGCUGCUCUCUAAUACCCUGUACUACAAACGUUUCUUUCCUUACUAUGCAUUCAAUGUUUUGGGAGGUCUUGACCGUGAAGGUAAGGGCUGUGUCUUCACAUACGAUGCUGUUGGAUCUUAUGAGAGGGUUGGAUACAGUUCCCAGGGUUCCGGUUCUACACUUAUCACACCCUUUUUGGACAACCAACUGAAGUCUCCAGGCCCUCUUUUAUUACCUGCCAGGGAUGCAGUUACUCCACUUUCAGAGUCAGAAGCCAUUGACUUGGUCAAAGCUUGUUGUGUGUGUGUUUUACAGGGAGAUAAACUGGAGAUUCUCAUUUUGAAUGCUAGUGGUACACGUGUGGAGUACAUGGAGCUCAGGAAAGAUUGAGUCCUCUCCCCUGUUUCUUUGCCGCUGCUCUUGCUGAAAUGGGAGGCUUGAUGCUCGACAUACCUGUUGAGGGUAAUUGCCAGAUAGUUCUUAUGUCCUCGUGGCACAUUACUUUAACUCCUGGACUCACAGCCUGCAUCUUUUCUUGGUAAAUGUUGUGAUGAUUGGUUCUUACAGGAAAGAAACAUUUCUUUACUUGAACCAUGUCCUAGCUUGUGUUUAAAUCUUUGAUCAGGUUUAAAUGUAGUGAUUAUGUUGAAUGGCAUUCAGAGAGUAACGGAAAAACUUGUGUUUUCUAUCGAAAGUUGAAAUGCUUUCGCAAGCUUGGAAAUAAUAAUACUUAAAAUUUGUACUGGAUUCUGAUUUAUUUA